AUGGAGUUUGCCAGUGAGUUUAUGCACUAUCCGAAAGCUAACAAGUCUCUAAUCCACCUUGUUGCAGAAUCUCAACAACCUGCAGCGAUGCUCGGCUCGGCAUUCUACUACACCACGGCUGGCGAAGAAACCUAUGAUCACAUGGGAGUCUAUGCACACUGUUUUGAGAAUGAGGGAGUAUGGUAUUAUGGGGAGAAUGGUUGGGGAGAGGAUAUACAACUCUCGAAUUAUAUUUGUAUCACUGUUGAUUAUUAUGGAUAG